AUGAACUUUGAAGCUGAAGUGUGGAACGACAUUACUCCCAUUCCUCAGGACGACGGGCCUGACCCGCUAGCUCCAAUUGCUUAUAACGCUGAAUACGCCAAAGCCAUGAGUUACUUUCGCGCUGUUGCUCAAAAAAGCGAGCAUAGUGAAAGAGCCUUAGAUUUAACGAAAAAUAUUAUCGAACAUAACCCAGCUCAUUAUACUAUCUGGCGCUAUCGUCAACAAAUUUUAUUCGCUUUGAAUAUAGAUCUAUAUGAGGAAUUGGAUUUUGUGGACGAUCAAAUAGAACAUAACCCGAAGAAUUAUCAACUUUGGCAUCAUCGGCAAAUUAUAGUGGAAAAACUUAUGGAUGUAUCUCGCGAAUUACCAUUCAUUAAUAAUGUUUUGAAUGAAGAUGCAAAAAAUUAUCAUGCAUGGACUUAUAGACAAUGGGUUAUAAGAACUUUUAAUUUAUGGGAAGGUGAACUUGAAUUUAUUGAUAAAAUUUUGGAUAAAGAUGUUCGAAAUAACUCUGCCUGGAAUCAAAGAUAUUUUGCGAUAUUUUUCAAUCCAAAUAAACCUACUGAUGAUUAUCUUGCUCAAGAAAUUAAAUAUGUUAUUGAAAGGAUAAAGCUGGCUCCAAAUAAUAUAAGUCCGUGGAAUUAUAUUAAAGGAGUUAUUGCAAAGUCCGCCAAUGACAUUGGUAUUUUAGAAGGAUUAUGCAAAGAGAUUGAGGAACAAAAAAUUAUAUCUCCUCAUGCACUUGGAUGUCUUGUAGAUAUCCAUGAAAGUCGCGCACGAAAUGGUUCUGUUACGGAUAAAGAAGAAGGGAUCAAAAUUUGUACAACUUUAGCAGAAAAGCAUGAUACUAUUCGUAAAAAUUAUUGGGAAUAUAGGAAAGUCACAUUAGCUUCCGGAAACACUCAAUCUGGUGGUGGUCUUCCUCUCGGCGGUCCUGGUGAUGAUAAAAAAGAUGAUAAGGAUAAAGACAAGAAAAAGAAAUGGGAACCACCUCUCCCUACUCGCGUUGGGAAGAAAAAGAAGAGAGGACCUGAUGCAACUUCUAAAUUACCAGCAGUUUUUCCUACAACACGAUGUCGGUUGAAGCUCUUAAAAAUGGAACGGAUAAAAGAUUAUUUGUUGAUGGAAGAAGAAUUCGUUCAAAAUCAGGAACAAUUAAAACCCCAAGAAGAGAAGGCACAAGAGGAAAGAACCCGAGUAGAUGAUUUACGUGGAUCGCCUAUGGGCGUUGGUACUCUUGAAGAAAUUAUUGAUGAUGACCACGCGAUUAUUUCGUCAUCUACAGGACCAGAGUAUUAUGUUAGCAUUUUAUCUUUUGUAGAUAAAGAUUUAUUAGAGCCUGGUUGUUCAAUUCUGCUACAUCACAAGGCCAUGUCCGUUGUUGGUGUACUGCAAGACGAUACAGACCCAAUGGUCAGUGUAAUGAAACUUGAAAAGGCACCUACCGAAUCAUAUGCAGAUAUUGGUGGUUUAGAACAACAAAUUCAAGAAAUAAAAGAAUCUGUUGAAUUACCGCUAACGCAUCCAGAAUUAUAUGAAGAAAUGGGUAUUAAACCUCCAAAGGGUGUUAUUUUAUACGGUGUUCCGGGAACAGGAAAAACGUUGUUAGCCAAAGCUGUGGCUAACCAAACAUCAGCAACGUUUUUACGUGUUGUCGGAUCAGAGUUAAUUCAAAAAUACCUUGGAGAUGGACCAAAACUUGUGCGUGAAUUGUUCCGUGUCGCAGAAGAACACGCACCUUCAAUUGUUUUUAUUGAUGAAAUUGAUGCGAUUGGAACAAAGCGUUAUGAAUCGAAUUCUGGUGGUGAGAGAGAAAUUCAACGAACUAUGUUGGAGCUUUUAAAUCAAUUGGAUGGGUUUGAUUCUCGAGGAGAUGUUAAAGUUGUUAUGGCAACAAAUCGUAUUGAAUCACUGGAUCCGGCAUUAAUUCGUCCGGGUCGUAUUGAUCGUAAAAUUGAAUUUCCAUUACCAGAUGUGAAAACCAAACGGCGUAUCUUCAAUAUUCAUACCAGUAGAAUGACUUUAGCAGCGGAUGUAGAUCUUGAAGAAUUUGUAAUGUCAAAGGAUGAUUUGAGUGGAGCUGAUAUAAAGGCUAUUUGUACCGAAUCAGGUUUAUUGGCUCUUCGUGAAAGGCGUAUGAAAGUUAUUGCUGAAGAUUUUAGAAAAGCACGUGAAAAAGUUCUUUACCGUAAAACAGAAGGCACACCAGAAGGACUUUAUUUAGAGGGACUUAAAGAAUCAACUGGAGUAAAUCAAAAACUUGAAAGAAUUGAGAGUGAAACGGUUAAUUCGGAAGAACAAAUCGAUCCAAUUUAUCUGGAACCACAACGGAUUCCUCCAAAGCAUAAUAUAGUAGUAUGUCAUAUACAUUUUCGUUCAUAUACACCGGGACCAAUGGAUUUUUUUGUUGAUUUUGCACGUCGUACGGCAUUUCACCUUACAAUUCCAUGUUCUGGUACAAUUUAUUUACCUACUCAAAGAACAAGAUGGACAAUGCCAAAAGGACCUUUUGUACAUAAAAAAUCUCAAGAAAAUUUUGAAAGAAAAACUCAUAAAAGAUUAUUAACAUUUAAAGAUGCAAAUACAAAUGUGAUCGAUAGAUUAUUAUUAUAUUUAACUAAAUAUUGUCCCCCUGGUAUUGGUAUGAGGGUAACACGAUGGGAAAGGGAAGAUUUAGGAGUGGGUAAAAGGAUGUUGAAAAAUGCCAAAACUAAAGAGGAAUCUAGAAUGUAUAAAAGCGUUGAAAAGGAAUCUGUCGACACUGUUGAUGGUAAGAAGGUUUUAAGUGUUGGAAAUGUAGCUGACCUACUUAUUAAGGGUAUGGAAAAAGAUUUGGCUAUAAAAGAUGAUUUAAAGAAGUCUUUGAGGAAUGAAAUUGAUUCCGAAUCAAAAGAUAAGGUAGAAAUAUCUAUGGCUGAUAGUAAUAAAGUGGAUGAUAAUACUGAAGAGAUUGGUAGUGAAAGUGGUGAUAAUAAUGAAGAAGUACCUGCGAAAGCCGAUUCAACGUAA